CAUCUACAUCAGUGUGAACAACAACCAAGACACACCAACUUCACAGCCAAAUUGGACAUUCAGGUAGUUGGUAACAAAAAGUCAUGAAACUUUUUCAGUUUAAACGCCCAGCACGUCCCGUUUCACCUCCUCUGUUAGAGGAAGACGAGAGGAGCAUACCAUGGAGUGAAAGAGAGCGAGACCUGCAACUUGUCAGAGAUUACAAGCCUCACAAAGAUGUCCAACAUCUCAGAAUUAUGCUUUAUGGACCACCAGGUGCUGGAAAGUCCAGCUUCAUCAACUCUGUGGACAGUACUUUAAGAGGCAAAAUCGCAGCUCGAGCUUUGGCAGCGGCAGCCUUUGGUGUCAGUUUCACUAAUGCAUACAGGACAUAUAAAAUUCAUAAAGGAAAUCCAGAAAAUGUUUAUGCUUUUGCAUUCAAUGACACCAUGGGGCUUGAGAGGGGCACUGAGAGAGGAAUUCUUGUGGAAGACAUCAAACUUGCCAUGAGUGGACAUGUAAAAGAAGGUUACAGGUUCAACCCCAAAUGUCCCUUGUUUGAAACGGAUCCUGACUACAACAGUUCUCCUACUUUAGAUGACAAAGUCCACAUUCUGGUUUUAGUCAUUCCAGCCGACAAACUGAGCAUAAUCGAUGAUGAAACCCGGAGGAAGAUGAAAGAAGUCAGACUAGCAGCUCGUGACAAAGGGAUCCCACAAAUAGCUGUCAUCACUAGAAUUGAUGAAGCCUGUCCUGAAGUCAAAAAAGACAUACAGAACGCCUACAAGAGCAAGCACUUGAAUAAGCUGAUGGACACAGUGAACGUGGACCUGGGUAUUCCACUGAACUGCAUCUUCCUCGUGAAGAACUACCACAAAGAAAUCGAGACGAAUGACAACAUGGAUUCACUGAUACUGUGUGCACUGAAAAAAGUCAUUGACUAUGGAGAGGACUUCCUGAAUGACCAGAAUGAUCCAGAUGAUGUGUGAGGGGGACAGAAAAGGGUGAUUUUGCUUCACCGGCAUUACAAUCACAGCCACACAAACAGUUGAUUUCACUAGAAACUUUAUCAAACUGAUUAUUGUUUUGUUCUUAUUUUAUUUAACUUUUUGUUCUUUUGCAGAUUAAAUCCAAAUAAACUUCAAAGAAAACCAAUACAUGUACUUUUUGUUAUUUACUGUAUGAAAAAUGACAGCUAUAUACCUGUAACCUGUUGCCUCCUGUGUAACUCAAAUAACUGAUUUCAAGUCUCGAUGUAAGACUGUCCUCUCUGAGUAAGUGAUUUCUUGUUUCCAGAAUUGUAAUUAAAUCUGUUCACUUAAAGUAAUGACGACUGA